AUGCACCAUUCAUCCUCAACUGCAUCAACAUCAUCAAUGCAAAGAAAAACGACGUCAUCAGCUGGUUCAAUUCAUCUUCAUCAUAAUUCGAUGAAUUCUAGUCGAAAUGGAACAUCUUCAUUCUCAACUUCUUCUUCACGAGCUCCACUUUUGACAAGACACAAUGAAAUGGAUUUCGGAAAAAUGUUUAUGGCAAUGGAAAAAGGGCAUAAAGUUUGUAAAUUGGCGGUUUUAAAAAAAUGGGAUCCAGCUUAUAAAUCGUUGACUUUGGAUCGAAAUUCGAGACAGAUUUUUUUGACCAAAAUUGAGCAGGCUGCGGUGAGGUGAGCAUUUUUUUCACUGUUUCAAAAAAUUGGGAAAUUGAGAUAGAGAUUUUUUCAACGAUUGUGAUAAAAAGUGAUAUUAAUAAAUUCGAAAAAAAUUUUUUUUUCCUCAAAUUUUCACUGUUUCAAUUUUUUCAAUAACAAAAUAUAUUUAGAAAAAAACAUUCUCACUUCACUUAUUCGAAGGUAAACAGAUUUUUUCACUAUUUCAAAAAGUUCUGAAAAUAGAAUAGAACUUUUUUCAACAUUCACUCGCUCUUGAUUAUAUUCACUCACCAAUUUGGCGAGAAAAAAAAUCAAAUUUUCCAAGAUUUGUUGCUUAAAACUUUCACUGUUUCAAAAAAAACUGAAAUAUUAUUCAAAAACUACUUCACUAAUACAUUAAAUUUUCUUCUGCAAAUUUUUACUGUUUCAAAAAUUUCUGUUAUUUUUUAUAUAAAUUUUCAACAAUACUACAUACAGUACAAGUAACAACUAAAAAAAUGAUCAGAAAAAAUUUCAACAAAAAAUUCCAUUUUCCAAUUUUUUAUUUCAUUUCAAAAAAGUUUUUCCAAUUUCUCAAAUUCAUUACUUCUUUAAAAUUAGGCUGUUUCAGAAAAAAUGUUUGAACAAAAAAUACAACUUUAUCCGUUUAUGUACUUUUUAUGUACGUAGUUCCACCGCAAAAAAUUAAAAAAAAAACUUCUGAAAUUUUUUGCUGUUUCAAAAAUUUGCUAAAAUUGAUUAAGAGCUUUUUCAAGCAUUCCAUUUAUUUCGUCUGGUAAAAAUUUCACUGUUUCAAAAAAUGUUGAAGUUAUUGAAACAAUUUUCUCUAAAAUAAAAUAAUUUGUCGACUCCAAACGUUCGAAAAUCUAAAACUGUUCUGAACAAACCAAAAAUUCCAAGAAAAUUCACUGCUUCAAAAAUCUGUGAAAAUAUUAAACCUAUUUCUUUCACCAAUUAAUCCAUACAUUUCCAGAUAAUAAUUUUUUUCAGAAAUAAACCAACAAUUUUGGAUAUUCGUCACAUUCGAGAAGUUCAAACUUUGCAAUACAAAUUGAAUACAAUUCGAGUGACUGAUAAAUGGAAAAAAGAUCGCGAAAUCAUGAAUUUCGAUCCGGCCAAGAUUUUGAUCAUUUCAAAUGGUGUUAGCUUCACAUUAUCUUAUUGGAUUCUAUUGUGUGAGUUUUUUUCCCGAGAAACUGAUAUGGUUAUCAUUUAUGAAGAAAUUCUUAAGAAAUAUGGAAUUUUUGAAACAGUGAAUUUUUUCAAACAAAAAAUACGUUUCAAAAUAUUAAUGUCUGGAAUUUUUCAAAGAACUAUUCCCAAUAGAAAAAUUCCACAAAUUUUGUGAUUUCAGUCGAAACUGUAGAUGCAUGUAAAUUAUGGUCAAAUGGUUUGAACAAUCUAAUGAUGGAAACAAGAGAUCGAGAUUCUUCCCCACAUCCACUUCGAAUCGAGCGAUUUCUUCACAAACAUUUUCUGAGUUUGAUGUCACCGGCAACAGAUUCAGUUGCUCGAAAACAUAUGAAACCAUUUGUUCAAACAUCGCUGCAAUUCAAAGUUCAAUCAUUGCAACUUCAAGAAGUCACCGAAGAUUUGAUGGAUUUUGAGAAGUUUAGUUAUGCGACAAGGCAAUUGAUUCAUGUUCCAGAGGUUGGUUGGUUGGAAAAACUUGUAAAAAAGAAACAUUUCAAAAGUUUAGGAUUUUAGGAAAUCAAAUGUUUGAAACAGUAAAUUUUUUGACUGUUUCAACCUUUUUUUAAAAAGUUAAAUAAUUUUUUCUUGUGCUGUUUUGGUGGUUUUUUUCAAGAAAAAUUCUGAAAAUUUCAAUUUUGAGAAAAAUAUGAUACGACUUUUUUAGAAAUUAAAAUUUUGAAACAGUAAAUUUUUUCACUGUUUCAGAAUUUUUUGUAAUUUUUUUAGUUUGUCAAAAUUUUCAGUUACAAUUUUGAAAAAUCUCAAAAAUUUAUUCGGGAACUCUAAAAAAACUAUUCGAAAUUUAAAAUUCAAAUUUCCAGAAACAAUUUUUUUCACUGUUUCAAUAAUAUUUGAUAUUUUUCCAUGAUUUUUUCUGUUGUUAAAUCUGCUUUUAUUUCUGAACAGCCAAAUAAUUCACAGACUUAUUUUCAGGUUUAAAAUUCAUAUUGAUAAGAACAUUUUUGAAACAGUAAAUUUUUUCACUGUUUCAGAAUUUUUUGUAAUUUUUCUAGUUUGUCAAAAUGUUCGGUAACAAAUGGAACCUCCGAAAAAAUUAUUUCCAGCCUUGAAAACUUAGAAUUCGAAAAAGCUGGAAAAUUAAUUUUUCAGGAACUCUGAAAAUAAAGAAAAGUUAAAAGAAUGUUUUUUUAACUAUCAAAAUUCCAGAUGCAAACAAAAUUCAAAACAUUUUCUUGAAACAGUAGAAUUUGUUAUAUUAAAAUUGUUCACUGUUUCAAAAACAUUUGAUAUUUUUCCUUGAUUUUUCACAGAACUCAUCAUCCGAUUUUCUCUCUCCGGAAUAAUUCCCUGAUUUUUUCCAGCUCUUCAAUUCCCGUUUCUCGGAUCUUGCUGAAAAUGACAGUCAUCGUGGUCAAAUCAUCACAUUCCAAAACUUUUUGCGUUUCCUCGACAACAAACAAUUCGAUGAACUCGCCUCAAAUCGAACGCGAGCUCUAGAUUUCAUCAAUCGAUAUUCGCAACAAGAACGAAAUGAUCCGAGUAUGACAGUUUUGGAGUUUUGCGAUUUUUUAUUUUCUCGUGAAAAUUCUCUAUGGGAUCCCACGAAUGAAAAAGUGACACAUGAUAUGAGCAGACCUUUAUCACAUUAUUGGAUUGCAAGUAGUCAUAAUACAUAUUUGACUGGUGAUCAAUUGAGAUCCGAAUCAUCAUUAGAUUGUUAUGCACAAGCAUUAUUAUUGGGUUGUAGAUGUAUUGAAUUGGAUUGUUGGGAUGGACAAAAGAAAACGGGUUCGAAUGAAUUUCAUGAUAUUGUCAUUUAUCACGGGUAUACAAUGACAUCGAAAAUAUUACUUCGAGAUGUUCUACAAGUCAUCAAACAUUAUGCAUUUGUCACCAGCGAAUAUCCGGUCAUUUUAUCGAUUGAGGAUAAUUGUAGUGUUCCAGCACAACGGCUAUUGGCACAGGAAUUGAAAGAGGUUUUGGGCGAUUAUUUGUUGACACAACCGGCGAAUCGAGAAGAAACUCAGUUGCCAUCGCCGGCCGCGUUGAAGAAGAAGAUUAUUGUGAAACAUAAGAAAUUACCGGUUGAGAGUGAAGAUUUGGCCACUAUUGUUAAAAAUGAUGAGUGUGAGUUUUUCGUUUUUCCAUUAAAAAACAUCAAAAUACUACGGUAGGAUCGUUUGUGUGCAGCAAGUCUGCAAACACCACACACGUUGACGACAAUUAUUUUUAUUUUUUUGUGCAGCCUGAAUCGAAUUUUUCCAUUUUCCCUAUGAAAAUCCUAUCAAAUUUUCGAAAUUUGCAGUCCAAGACACGGAUAUAAUUGCCAGAGAAUGCGUCAAAAAGGAUAUUUUGGGAUUCAAGAACAAUACGAGUCACGUAAGUUUUGGAGAAAAUUUGGAAAAAAAGAAAACAAACUAAAUUUUUCAGGAAUGGUCAUCACAUGUUUUCAUCCUAUUUCCCGAUCGACUUUGCUAUCUUCUCGAUCCGGCAGAAGAUGAAUUGAAAGAAGAUUCGAUAAGUAUAAGUGGAGAUCAGGAAUCGGAAGAUGAUCCAUCGGGUUUUGGAGUGAGGCCGGAAGAAAUGCAUGUUACUGAAGAAUGGUUUCAUGGAAGAUGUGAAAGAGAUGUGAGCAAAUAAGACUAUUUUUAUACAAAAUUACAAAAAAAUCAAUUUUCAGGAGGCGAAAAAACGAAUUCUGGAACAUAAGGACAAGGGGAAUGGUUUAUUCAUGAUUCGCGAUUCGAAUUUGUUUAUUGGAGAUUUUUCGCUGUCGAUUUUGCACGAUGAUAAGGUUCAUCAUGUUCGGAUUCGAUCAAAGAUUAUUGAUAGUAAGUUUUUUAUUGGAAAAAGAUUGGAAAAUAUAUGAAAUUUAUGAGAGACAUUAAUUUUUCAAAAUGAAUAGAAGACGCGGGAACGGAGUUUUAUUCAUAAUCAGACUUUCGAACAAAUUUUGAAACAGUAAAAUUUCUAUGAAUUUUCAGAUACUUAGUUUUCAAAUCGAAACUUUUCGAAAUAUUCUGAAUAUUUUCGAAGAAAUUUUGAAACAGUAAAAAUUUUAUCAAAACCAGUUUUCAAUUAAUUUUUUGAAAUAUUAUAAUUUUCCUAAAAAUUACUUUUGACACAAAAGAAAAAACGAAAAAAUUCAAUAAAAUUUUAAAUAUUUUUAUUUUGAAACAGUAAUUUUUUUUCAAAAAAAAAAAACAUUUUUCCAGAAGAGAAAAAGUACUACUUUAUGGAUAAUAAAGUGUGCGACACACUCUACGAACUUGUCUCAUAUUAUACUCGACAUUAUCUAACUACACCGUCUUUCAAAAUGGUUCUCACAAUUCCAUGCCCUCAACCUCAACCACAUUUGAAUGAACCAUGGUUUUCGGCGACUGCGGAUAAAGAGAAAGCUGAAGAAUUGUUGAGUUUGGUGCCGGAAGAUGGUGCAUUUUUGAUACGAACUUCGUCGACCGAUAAAAAUGUUUUUGUUUUGUCGUUGAAGUGAGUUUUUCGUUUAUUAUUUUUGGGGAGAAUUCUCCGAAAAAUCCCAUUUUUCCAGAGUCGAUGGUGAAUUUUGGCAUUACCGCCUCAAACGAGAUGGCCGAAUUUUUGUUGUAAAUCAAAAAGUUUUCGAAAAUCUCAAUCAAAUCGUCGAAUAUUACGAUAAACGUGAAUUUGUGCGAGGAAUUAGUCUUCGGUUUCCAGUCAACGAACGAAAUAUCAAUCAUUUGACAGCCGAAUUAGCCGAAGCUCGAACACCCGGAUGUUAUAUGGAAUUAAAAGAUUUGGAUAAAGAAGUUCAGGCGAGAGCAUUGAGACCGUAUCGAGGAACUGCUGAUGAUGAAUUAUCAUUUCCGGCAAAUGCCAUUAUUACAGUUUUGAGGAAAGAAGAAGGGUUAUGGAGGGGGAGAUAUGGAUCGGAUACUGGAUGGUUUCCAUCGGCGCAUGUUCAGGAGAUUUUACCGGAGAAGAUUAAUAAUUCUGGUGAGUUUUUUAUUUUGUUUGGGACAGGGAGAAAAUAUACUGUUUCAAAAAUAAUUUGUGAAACUGAAUACUUGCUGGUCUACGAUUCUCAAACAAAAAUCGCAUAAAUUUAAAAAUUCUCAAAAAAAUUCACUGUUUCAAGCGUGUUAUUAUGUCUUACUGAGUUUAGAUAUUAUUUACUACAUAGAAAACCCCACUGUUUCAAAAAUAUAUAAUAUAAUAAUAUUUUUUCCAAAAAUUUCAAUUCCAAUCCUCCAAGGUUCUUCAUAAAAAUCUACUGUUUCAAAAACUGUACAAUAGUUUUGAGUUAAAAAUAGUUUUCGUUGUUCACUUUUCUUGCUCUUGUGAAAAAAAAUUAUAAAAUGAAUAACAAAAUUUUGAAUGGAUCGAAAAAAAAUGGAUUUAUGAAGUCCCCGAAAAAAUUGCAUUAUCUAGAUUCAAAAAUCAAGUUUACAUAAAUUUUAAAAUUCUCAGAAAAUUUCACUGUUUCAAACGUGUUCUUAUUAUGUUUCAAUGAGUUUCGAACAAUCUAAUCAGACGAUUUGUGUUCAAAGAAAUAAUUAAAAGAAAAAUUACUGUUUCAAAAAAUCAAUUAUUGUUUCCUUGAAUUUUAAUUUUGCUGUAGAAAUCUUUUCAUCGGAUAAUAUUUGAAUUCUCACAGAACUACGUGAAAAAUAAAGCUCACAUAAAUUUUGAAGUUUUUUUUUUCAAAAAAUUCACUGUUUCAAGCUUGUUAUUAUGUCUUACUGAGUUUAGAUAAUAUUUACUAUGUAGUAUAUUCAUUCACUAGGAAACAAAAAAAAAAUCAGAAAACCCCACUGUUUCAAAAAUAUAUAAUGUAAUAAUAUUUUUUCCAAAAAUUUCAGUUCCACUCCUCCAAGAUUCUUUAUAAAAAUCUACUGUUUCAAAAAUUGUAUAACAGAUUUGGUUACAUAUUGUUUUCGUUGUUCAUUUUUCUUGAUCUUGUGAAAGAAAAUUAUAAAAUGAAUAAAAAAAUUUUGAAUGGAUCGAAAAAAAAUGGAUUUAUGAAGUCCCCGAAAAAGUUGCAUGAGCUAGAUUCAAAAAUAAAGCUUACAUUAAUUCUAAAAUUCUCAGAAAAUUUCACUGUUUCAAACGUAUUAUUAUGUUUCAAUGAGUUUUGCACAUUCUAAUCUGACGAGUUGUGUUCAAAGAAAUAAUUAAAAGAAAAAUUACUGUUUCAAAUUUAUUUUUUUUUGAUAAUAUUUGAAUUCCCACAGAAUUACAUGAAAAAUAAAGCUUACAUCAAUUCUGAAAUUCUCAGAAAAUUUCACUGUUUAAAACGUAUUAUUAUGUUUCAAAAACGUGUUAUUAUUAAUGUUUGUGUUUUGCACCAUUUAAUUUGACGAUUUGUAUUCAAAAAAAUAAAAAUUAAAAUUAAUGUUUCAAAAAAUUAUUUUUUUUUUGAUAAUAUUUAAAUUCCCACAGAACUACGUGAAAAAUAAAGCUCACAUAAAUUUUGAAGUUUUUCAAAAAAUUCACUGUUUCAGGUAUAUUAUUAUAUUUUUGACAUUGGGUUUUAAAAUUACUGUAACAUUGGGUUUGUACAGUUUUAUUUAUUUAUGGAGUUUCCGAUAAAUUGAAAUUUUGAAGAUUUUACCCUAUAAAGUUAAACACUAAAAUUGUAUCCCCAAAGAAAUUCAACAAAAUCCAUAUUUUUCAGAAGCUAGUAACUACAACACGAUCGAACUUGCUGGAACUCUUAUCGAACAAGUCAAUGAUUCUGAUAGACCUUAUGUUAUUAAAAUUUCACAAAGUAAUCAACAUUGGAUGAAUAAACAUAGUUAUUAUUUAUCAGCUAAUUGUGAGUUUUUCCUCUCGCUUCUAUAGAAAAUAGAAAAAUCUAAAUUUUUCAGCCCCGGAAGAAGCUGCUGAAUGGCGAAACAAUUUGUUUGAAUUAACAAGAAGUGUGAAUACAAAAAUGUCAAUUCUUCGAAUCAAAGAAAAAGAGAAACGAAUUGCAGCGGAACUGUCGAAUCUCGUUGUUUAUUGUCAAGCAGUUCCAUUCGAUCCAGCACAUAUUUACAAUGACGCAUUUUAUGAAAUGUGCUCAUUUGUUGAAGGAAAAUUGGAUAAACUUGUUGAAAAAGGCCUGUUACCAUUCAAUUCGAGGAAAUUAUCAAGAGUUUAUCCGAAUGGUUCGCGAAUCACAUCGAAUAAUUAUAGCCCUGUUCCAAUGUGGAAUGCUGGUUGUCAUAUGGUCGCAUUGAAUUAUCAAACUGGUGAUAAACCGAUGCAAUUAAAUCAGGGAAAAUUCUUGGCCAAUGGAAAAUGUGGAUAUGUUUUGAAGCCGGAUUAUAUGCUAACUGAUGAUUUUGAUCCACAAAAUACAGAUAGGAUUACAAAUUCCUAUCCGAUUCGAUUGAAUGUGCAAAUUAUAGCUGGUCGACAUUUAUCAAGAAGGGAUAAAAAUAAGGGAAUUUGCUCGCCAUUUGUUGAGAUUGAAGUUGUUGGAAUGCCGUGUGAUGCGAGAGUUUAUCAAACGAAAACAAUUGCCUCAAAUGGUCUCAAUCCCAUUUGGAAUCAGACUUUUACCUUUGAAAUUCAAUGUCCGGAAGUUGCCCUGAUUCGAUUUCAUGUGGAAGAUGGAGAUUUUGUUGGGCCCAAGACUGAUCCUUUCAUUGGACAGGCUGUUUUUCCGAUUGAUUCAAUUCGAUGUGGAUUUCGAAGUGUGCCGCUGAAAAAUCAAUAUAGUGAGGAUUGUGAGCUCUCGUCGUUGUUGGUUGAUGUGCAAAUGUGUUCGAGAGAAGGAUCGCAAUUGAUUCGAUCGUCUUCGCAUUUUUUGCAGGUUUGGGAUUUUUCAUCUAAAGCUUCACAGUGGCUCAAAAUUUCACUGUUUCAAAACAUUUAUCAAUUUUUAUUUUUUUUUUCUUGAAUUUGUUCUUUGCCUUUUGGAAAUAAUAAUGUGAAACUUGAAUUUUUGUCGGAUUUUCAGCACAAAAUCCUAUUUUUUUGAGAAAAUUCAAAUAAAAAUAAAAAAAAAUUAACUGUUUCAGAAGUUCAAUCAAUUUUUUUAGAAUAAAUUAUUUUUCAAUUCUUUUUUUUUCAAAAUUUACCAAAUUCAAUUCUUAAUGAUUUUUAUUUCUUUUUUUUAACCAAAGAUAUUUAAAUUUGUGGAAAAAGCAAAAUUAUUUUUCAAAUUUGGCUCAAAAUUUCACUGUUUCAAAAUAUUUAUCAAUUUUUAUUUAGGUUGUUUUUUUCGUUCUUGAGUUUAUUCUCUAAUUUCGGAAAUGUCAGCACAAAAUCCUGUUUUUGAAAAAAUUCAAAGUUUUUUUUUCAAUAAUAGUUUUAUCAAAUAAAAAUGAAAAAAAUUGACUGUUUCAGAAAUUCAAUUAAUUUUUUAGAAUAAAUUAUUUUUCAAUUGUUUUUUUUCUUAUUUUUUCAAAAAUUGCCAAAUCUAAAGCUUCAUAAUUUGUUUUAAUUUUUUAACCAACGAUAUUUAAAUUUGUGGAAAAUGAUAGAUUUUUCAAAUUUGGCUCAAAAUUUCACUGUUUCAAAAUAUUUAUCAAUUUUUACCUUUUUUUCUUGAAUUUGUUCUUUCCAAUUUUGGAAAUAAUAAUGUGAAGCUUGUAUUUUUGUUGGAUUUUAUACACAAAAAUCCUAUUUUUUGAGAAAAUUUAAAGCUUUUCAAUAGUAUUUUUAUCAAAAAAAAAAAAUGAAAAAAAUUGACUGUUUCAGAAGUUCAAUCAAUUUUUUAGAAUAAAUUAGAGUUUUUGAUCCGAAGAUACUUAUUGGGAUUUACAAAACACAAACUUUUUUCUUACAAGAAAGUUUUUGAAAAUGCCCGAAUCAAAUAAAUACUUUAAAUAUUUUCAGGCCAGCCGUCUCGCUCCAGUCUUUGCCCAUCGCAAAAUCACAAACGGCGAAAAUAGUAUCCCACGAGAAAUGGCUCCCCGACUUCGUGGAACUACAGACAAAUCACUCGACUCACCGACAAAUUCCGAGUCUCGAACUACGCUUCUCGGAAAUUCACAAAAUCGAGGAAGUCAGGAAUCGAUGGAAAGUGGAGCGGAGUGAGUUGAGAGUUUUUUUUCUGAAAAGUUUUUUCAUGAGCAUUAUUUUGAGAUUUUUUGGCUGAAAAUUAUUUUUUUACGUAGCAAAAAAAACGAGAUUUCAAAUUUUCAGCACAUCUUCCAUAAAAUCUGGAACAAUCGGAUCACAAAGUGGUAAAAAGAAGACAAAAUGGCUUUCAAAAUUUGGUUUCAGCGGGAAAAAGUAG